UGCCAUUACUGUCACUCAUUCAUUCUGUAUGUGUAACUUGUGUGUAGUAGAGUCCUUUUGCGGUUAACCAAAUUUUAAAAGUGAAUUUUGUUGAUUAAAAUAUUCCAAUUGAAUAACAAAAAAUAUAAAGGAAAAUCACAAUUAAAGUGAAUACAUUUUCACAAUCAAAGAGGAUUAUUAUCGCUAAUCGAAAGCCGAAAAUAAUUGAGCGAAAUGGGGAAAGCACAGAGUAAACGGUCCGUGGACAUAACAACGGAAUCAAAGGAUGGCAUUGUGGAAGAGGGCACCGGAAAAAUGGGAAAAAUCGAAGAAGUUGAUCAAUUAAAACCACAAAUGAACGGCGAUACACACAACGAAACGGAAAAUACGGACAAAGAAAUCAAAGAAACGAACGAUGAUGCUGAAAACGAAAAGGAUAUCGCAACAGAAAAAGAAAAUAUUUCAUCGACUGAAAAUGCAGAAGAGACAACAACUGGUGAUGGUCCAAAGAUUGUUGAAAAUGGCACAAAUGACGAAACGUUGAACGAAAGCAAAGAUGUACCAGCUAAUGCCGAAGAGAACGAAACGGGCGACAGCAAUAAAAAACAAAAGAAAGAAAAAAAGAAGCGAUGGUCAUUCCGUUCAUUUUCGUUUAGCAAAAAGGAUAAACAAAAGCCGGCAAAAAAAGAGGAAACCACGAAUGGUGAAUGUGAAAAAGUUCCCGAAGAGCCAACUGACGAAACAACCACUCCAGCCGCUGAAGUCGCAGCAAAUCCAACAGAAAGCACUCCAGUUGAAGAGAAACAAGUUGAAGAACAAUCAGCUCCAGUUGCCGCUCCUGAACAAAUUCCAGAAACAAAUGGAUCGUCUGAACCACCUGCGGCCCCUCAAGCAGCGGCACCAGCAGCACCAAUUGUUGAAGCAGUUGCACCCGCACCGGUCGAAGAAUCUAAGCCAGAACCAGUUGUUGAAACACCGGCAGAGCCUGUUGAAAUCAAAGCUGAGGAACCUGUCGCUGUAGAACCAAAAGCUGAAGAAAAAAUUGCCGAAGAGCCCAAAGAAGUACCGGUUGAAGAACCUAAAGUUGAGGUAAAGGCUGAUGAAAAACAAGAGCACACAUCAAAUAAUGAAUCCGAUCCGAGCAAUAUUGCACCAACACCGAGCUCAGAAAAAGUAUCUGAAUCUGAAUCCACACCUCCACCUCCACUUCCAUCGAAUCCUCCACCUUCUCAGGUGUCGGUUUUUGCUGAAUCUACAAUGUCGACAAAUGACGCUGCACAACCUUUGCCUAUCCCAUCCACUCAGUCCGAAUCCAAUACGGUUUUAGUUGAUAACAAAGUAGAAGUAGUUAGCGAUGAAGUCGCUCCACAAUCGGUAGAACCCAGUGUGGCUGCUGAAGUAACUCAAGCUGAAGCACCGAAACAGGAAGGAACAAUUACUUCGGAAGCUGUUGCCGCUCCAGCAGAAAUUACACCCGUUCCCGUUGAAGAAAAGCCCGUCGAAGAAAAACCAACUGAGGAAAAACCUGCUGAGGAAAAACCCGCUGAGGAAAAGUCCGUAGAAGAAAAGCCCGUUGAGGAAAAGCCCGCUGCAGAGCCCGUUGCACCAGUCGUCGCUGAAGUUGUCGUUGCCGAAGAAAAGAAGGACGAACAGAAUACAGCUGAAUCAGAAGCAGCUAAGGAAGUUAUUGAAGAAGUUAUCGCUAAGGCUGUAGAAACAAUUUCAACCGAACAAUUACCACCAGCACCGGAAGUCCAGCCAGAAACCAAGCAGGAAGUAGAACAAACUCCAACAGACGACACUACAUUACCACCACCAGUCGAAGCUGACGAGCUUUCGGCCGAUGUAUCGUCUCCACUUCCUCAAAAUAGUUUAGAAUCACUUCCGUCUCCACAGUCCUCUAGUGAAGUAUCUAGUGAUGUAAGUCAAUUACCUCCACCACCAGACUCCCCGACUGAUGCUCUUGUUGAACCCAUCGCCGAAACAAAGCCUGAAGAGCCUGUUGCUACAAAUGCAACAAUUGAAUCCACACAGGCUGUAGCCGAAACAAAGCCCGAAGAAGCGUUACCGCCACCACCGGCAGUCGAUGAAAUAAAGCCAGCUGAAGAAACGGCAAAUGGAGAAGCUAACAAAGAAAUCAUUCCAGAAGCUCCACAAAACGGCAAUACUGCAGAAAAUACGAACGGCAAUGGUGUUUCCGAAAAGACAAAUGGCCAUAAGAGUCCUGUCGAAGAAGUCGCUCCGACUGAAGGGUUCAACGGAAACGGAACCCACAAAGAAGCUGAGGAGAUUAUUCCCGAAGUAACAGCAGAAAAACUAAAAGCCGCUGGUGUGCCACCACCACCUGUUGAUGGCAUUACGGCCGAAAUUCUGGAAAAGAAUUUGGUAUUCAAGGUGGCUGCCAAUUCAAUUAUGGUAAUACCAGACGGAUCUUUGUCAUGUGUUGUACUAUGUGCAGUAAAUGGAUGUGGUGCUACUUAUACGGUCACACGAAAAUCUUAUCCCACGUAUUACAAGUGCAAAAAGAAUCCGACCAAAACCCAAAAAUCUGCUGCUCCGAAAUGGUAUUUAUCAGGCAUGCAAAGUCAUUUACUCUCUGAACAUGCCAACCAACCUCGAGAUGCAUCCACUGUCAUCAUAACUGUUGACGCCCGAGCUGAUGAUGCUACUGCUGAUCCGAUUUCAGCUACUGCUGAUCCGAUUUCAGCUACUGUUAAUCCAGUUUCAACUACUGCUAAUCCAGUUUCAGCUUCUGCUCAUCCAGUUUCAGCUUCUGCUCAUCCAGUUUCAGCUUCUGCUCAUCCAGUUUCAGCUUCUGCUCAUCCAGUUUCAGCUUCUGCUCAUCCAGUUUCAGCUCCUGCUGUUGAAAAUACGUCUGAUACGAUUUCGACUGAUGAAAGUAUUCAGUUCAAAAAUUCUGUGAUAUCAGCACGGUCAAGAUUAACUAGCAAAACCGUAAAAAUGUCACUUCACCGUGCAUAUGCGGUACGUUUUACCGAGUUUUUCGGCUGUUCAAAACCAUUUCUGGCCGGUCCGAUGGCGGGAUUCACAACCGACGAGAUGGUUAUUGAGACCUGCAAUGCUGGUGGUAUUGGAUCGAUUGGCGCUGCAAGAAUGCAACCGGCUGAUAUUCGUAAAGCUUAUCAAAACAUAACAUCAAAAACCAACGGACCAUUUGCAAUCAAUUUGUUCAUACCGCCAGCACCGCAAAAUACACUAUCGGAGUGCUCUGAGACUCGUCAACAGGUCCAAAGUGUUAUGAGUGUGGUUGCCGAAAAUUUGAAAGAUACAAACACUCGCCCGGCACAGAUUCCACCUAUUCCAGAUUAUAAUGAGCAAGUCGAGACUGUACUGGAGUUAAAACCGGCUAUAUUGAGUUGGACUUUCGGAAUACCGUCGAUCGAUGUAAUAAGACGAGCGAAAAAGUCGGGAAUAAAAUUGAUUGGUACUGCUACAUCUGUGCCGGAAGCGGUAGCAUUAAUAAAUGCUGGAGUCGAUGCAAUCACCAUCCAAGGUAGUGAAGCAGGAGGCCACCGAGGUUCGUUUUUGACGCCCGAUAACUAUACGAUCGAUAACAAUACAACUGGCUUGUUAUCAUUAUUGACCACGGUGAGGCAAGUGGUACCGUCAAAUGUGCCAUUGAUUGCGGCUGGCGGAAUCGUUGAUAAAAGGAGUGCCGAUGCAGCAUUCAUUUGUGGCUCGUCAGCAGUUCAAUGUGGCACCGCCUUGCUUGUUUCGAACGAAUCAACGCUGAUACCAAAAGUGCACAAAGAUCUACUCUUGGCCCCAUAUAGAUUGCGAGAACGACACACAGAUGGCCAUAUUGCACUCGACGAAAUCAUAGACGCAUAUAAACCAACGGGAAUCACACGAGCCUACACUGGAAAGCCGGCUCGAGGCAUCUAUACCGAAUUCAUGAAAUUGAUGCGAGAUAAAGUUGGUAACGACACAUUACCGUGGACGGUGCAAGACAAAUUGACCAUGCCUGUUGUCAAACAGGCUGUUGCAGCAGAAAGGUGGCAAUAUAUGUCACUCUGGGCUGGUCAAUCUUAUGGAGCAUGUGAGCCAGGUGCAGUUAGAGACAUUAUUUGUCGUAUCGUUGAUGACGUAAAGGUUUGUCGAGAUAAUCAUUGAAACCACACGCGUAUGGUCAAUAAAUAUGUUACACUUGUG